AUAAGCAAAGAGAUUGGGAGCAACGGUCCACAGAGCAGUGCAGACUGCCCCUACUCGGCACCUACCCAGCACAAAUACAAAUACAAAUGCAGUUGCCAGUGCAAGUGACAGCCUUGUUAAAUGCCUGGAACCCAAAAUGUCUUGCACUAUUCCAUCUAUUAGACCAAAGGUUUUCCCCCACUAUGACUCCAAAAACUCCCUCACAUCCUCAUCCUCCUCCUCAUCCAUAACUGAAUCCAAGAAUGCCAACAUAUGCUUGGCAAAACCAGGAGGAGAUUCCACCUCCAAUUCCAACUCCAACUCCAACUCCAAUUGCAAUUGCAAUUCCAAUUCCACCAUUGUGAAGAAGCGCAGAACCAGAAGGGGCAGGCCACACAACUCAUACAGUAAAGCCAUUGCAUCUUUCUACACGAUUUAUCCAAGACUGUUUUCUGAUGAAGGGGAUGUGUGCCCACUGGUCAAGAUUGAGCCAAGAAGCCCAGCUGAGAAAACUGAGCUCUUGCAGGAGCUUCCAGCUCUGUUGAGCAAGCUCAGGGAGGCAGAGGAAGAAUUGCCCCUCAUUCUUUCCAACUUCAACCAUGUCGAAUCGGGGUCGCCCCUGCCUUCUCCCUCCUCCCUGCUCACCGUCGAAGACUCGCCGGGAUUCGACCAUGAGACCGAGAAGUCGUUUCUUGAGGUGAGCGAUUUUGAUGGCGGGAUGGACACCAUUCUGGGCGGGCCUGGUCCUCCUUGCGUUGAAAUUCAUUCGCCUGAGCGACGUCAUGCCGAUUUGGUGGACAGCAGAGCUUAUGAUUCUGCCAUUCGAGGUCUUAGACGUAACGUUGAUGGUCUUCGGAAUGGGCAUGCGAGGUUCAGGAGUAAGUUGAAGAUGGGUAAGGAUAAGUUGUUCUCCUUGGACUGGUUAACAAGGGAGGAUCCUUGUCAUAGCCUCUCUCUCAAGCUGGAUUACCAGCAGGUUCUCAGUGCCUGGUCUGGUCAAGGUUCUCUUUAUAUUGACGACGGCCAGUGCCCCAACUCUGAAGAUGAACAGGACUGCGAAGUUGAAAAUGUGGACUUUGGUUUGGUCCCAGAUAUGAGUUUUUGGAGGGGUGUGGAGGAGUGUAAUAUGAAUUUUAUGCAGAGCAGUUACAUGAUAGAAGAUGGGUCGAGAAGAGUGGAGAAAAAUGCAGGAGUGAGAGAAGCUCGUGUACUGAGAUACAAGGAGAAGAGGCAAACAAGGCUUUUCUCUAAGAAAAUACGCUAUGAGGUCAGGAAGCUUAAUGCAGAGAAGCGCCCAAGAAUGAAGGGGCGUUUUGUUAAGAGAUGACCCAAUUGAGGAGACGCCAACAACUUUUUGAAAGACAGGAGCUCUAUGAAUGAUUACUUCCAAUUCUUUCACAAUAUAGAAUUAGAAAUAGGAAAAGGUAAUAAGCAUUGCCAAGGAAAAUGUUUUGAUAUGCAAUGGCAGUCAUGAGGGUUGUUAUAUUCAUUUCCCAUGCCUUGUACCAGAGGAUGAUAAAAUAAAAGCCAAAGAAAGCCAUCGGUCUUUUUCCAUACAUUUAGGAAUGAAAUAGGGAUGAGCAUUGCAUUAUUUCAUUUUUUCAGGUGGUUUGAGAGAAUCAAAUGGUGGAGAGAAAUAUAAAUAGCUGGUUCUUGUCAACAGAUUCUUUCCACUCGGGAACAUUCAAUGAUUUCUGUAGGCUGUUCUACUUUGUCUUUUAAAUUCUAGGUUGAGUAAUAGAACAAAUUUUGUCUAA